CACGGCGGAGGGGGCAGGGCGCGAGGUAUCAUGGAGGAUCAGUGAGCAAAGUGAAGCCAUCAGAGACCACCGAGUAGCGCUCUUGUCCCGGGGACUUUAUUCUACUUUACUGCCUAGCUGCAGACUAAAUAUUUCACGAUGGACAUGAAGAAGAGGAUCAACCAGGAGCUGCGGAACCGGAACCCGGGGGAGGUGGCUGAGAUGGUGGUGGACAGCUGUCAAUCGGUGAGUGGAGAAGUGGAAGGUCUCACAGACAAGUUCACAGAGCUGGAGGCCCUGAGCAUGGUCAACGUGGGCCUCUCCUCGCUGGCCAAGAUGCCGUCGCUGCCCAAGCUGCGCAAGCUGGAGCUGAGUGACAACAACCUGUCGGGCUCUUUUGAGACUCUGUCGGAGAAAUGUCCCAACCUGAUCUACCUCAACCUGAGCAACAACAAGAUCAAGGAGCUGAGCAACGUGGAGGCGCUGCAAAACCUGAAGAGCCUGCAGAGUCUGGACCUGCUGAAUUGCGAGAUCACGUCCUUGGACGACUACCGCGACAGCGUCUUUGAGCUGCUGCCUCAGAUCACCUACCUGGACGGCUUCGACCAAGACGACAACGAGGCUCCCGACUCUGAGGCGGACGACGACGAUGAGGACGGCGAAGAUGGGGCGGGACCGCCAGGCGACUACGACGAGGAGGACGACGAAGACGAGGACGAGGAUGGCUCAGAGGGAGGAGAGGUGGGACAGAGCUUUCAUGUGAAGAGGGGAGAUCAGGAGGAGGAGGACGAUGAUGAGUACGGCGAGGAGGAAGAGGAGGAUGACGAGCAGGCGGACGUUCAGGGACAAAAGAGGAAGAGAGACGUGGACGACGAGGGCGAGGACGACGACGAGGACGACUAGUCGCUCCGUCGUGGUGUUUGUGUCCGUGUGUCCCUCAGCUAGACAACAAACCAGGGGAGAUCACUUCCUACAUCACAUCUUCAUGCUCUCAGCCCCUCCCACUACUUCCAACUGCUUCCUGUUUGUCGCAUGGAGCUUCAGUGCAGAGGGGUGUGUCCUCCUUUUUAUUUUUUUGUGACAAACUUCAGAAUGGAUGGAUGACGUGAGGAACCGUUGAGGAGGACAAAGAUCUUCCCAUGGACACAAAGUCAACACUUCCUUCUCUACCUUUUUUCAUUGUUUUUACAAACUCAACCACACGUUUUUACAAUCGCAAUUGGACUUUUUCAACACAAAAGUCAGCUGAUGCUUUUGGACACGGGCGUUCCCAACCUUUCCACUUCCAAAGAUCCAAGAUGGCGGCGAGCUUGAGCCGGCGCUCGACGUGUCCCCCCCCCCCCCCCCCCCCAUGUUCCGCUUGGAAUGUGACGCCUCUUUUCUGCCGCCAUAUCAGUCUUUGGCGAAAGAGGGCGCCCCCUUCAGGACUCCAAGCACCCAAUCGGGGGCCAUGUUUGUUUUACCAACGAUCACGAUCUUCCUCCUUCAUGUUAGCCCAAACGGAUCACAUGACUCCUGUCCUGCCUCCUUUAGAGUUAUGCAGAGCUGCUUUAGCUCAGGUCACCAUAGCGACCAUGUUGUUGUUAUUCCCUGUGUGCGUUUGACUUUACAUUUUUAGGACUUAAUGUUUUUGAGGGGUUUGUUUUGUUUUUGUUUUGGUUUUUUUGCAUUUAUCGUGCCGGCUCAGUCUCCACCCCCCUGCAAGGGGUUUGGCUUUAGUGUCAGGCAUGUCCAGUCAUAGCUGUGCAAAGCAUGAUUGGAAAUAGUGAGGGGGCGGAGCCUGAUACCCGGCACAACUGGCCCAUGUUUGACGUCGAUUGAACCUUUUAAUCCAGCAAAGUAGAUUUUUAAAAGAAUUCACAGGUAUUUAUAGAUUUUUACAAAUGUGAUGGAUGAGUUAGUUUUCAUUUGUUCUUCUCCCACAACUCAAAUGCUGUAAACUUUUUGCUUUCCUGUCAUUUACACUGACGUCCAAAUAAAUUUGAAUAUUUCAAUAAGAA